CUGGGGGGGAGAGAGGAUGUGCGCGGACCGCCCUCUCCUCACACACGAUGGAGACGGAGAGGCAGGCGGGGUGUUCAUCAUGAGCUGCCAGUGAGACCCAGCAGCAGUUGUCACCAGUAGUUUCUAAAUGGAGGAUUCAUGUUUUGUUCCCAUUUGGAUCGCAGUUAUCUGGGUCGUGACGCGGGACAGACAGUGAAGACGUUACAGAGGGGACAUCGACAGUCCAGCGCACACUUCGAUUGAGAUAUGGGGUGCAGGCUUCCUAAGUUGCGGAAGACGGAAGAGAGGCGAAGUCCAGGCAAUAUCUACUCCACCCUUCGACGGCCUCAGGUGGAGACUAAAGUGGGUGUGGCCUACACCUACCACUUCCUGGAUUUUCUGUUGGGAAAAGAAGAGGUUCCGGUGUCAUCUGUGCUUUGUCUCUCCUCGGUCAGAGAGCUACCGGUUCAGGUGAGGGAACUCUAUGCACAGGGUUUUGUCCUGGUCGCCGUCCACCCGUUUGUCCAUCCUUGCGGCCCUCGCCACGCACACAUCCAGCGCCAGCUCCACCGAGCCGUGCUGGUCCGAGAAACUCCAAGUUCAGAGAAAAGCCAACUGAGGUGGGGAAGGCAUCAUCUAGAGACAGAUGUGUGUGUGGCAGGUCACCAGUCUGCUGACCCAGAAGUGAUCCAGAGCUAUGUCAAAAGGAUCCAGGAUGUAGCAGAGCAAGGGGUAAUGUUUGUGGGCUUUCUCCAGCAGCCAGGUGGAGGGCCCUGCUUCUUGGGCCACUGGGAUCCUGAAGAGUUGUCCUCCUUACAUUCAAGCCCUUCACCCAUACACCGACACCCCUUCAGCGCCAACACCAGCCCAACAGAUCCUACAGAACCACAUCAUAAUGGCAUAGAACCUGAUCAUCACCACUUGUAUCCACAAAAGUUAGAGCAUGAAGAUGUAGAACAUGCUUUGGAACCAGACUUCACCCCUUUGAAAGCCAUCCAGAGCUUAGAGCUUAACCAAGAAGAGUCCAGUGAGCAAAUGCAGACCUUACAGAUCAGUCUCAAAGAGUCACCAGAAUCAACAAACCAACCUCAAGAUCACAGCAAACCCAGGUUUGAACACACAGUUCAGUGGUGUCCAAAUCAAAUCCCAGAAGAAGCCCAAGAAAACCUGCUGUGUCCCAGCCCUCCAGAAGCUGCUGGUUUAUUCAGGCAGCAGAAAAGCCAACUACCAGACCUCAAAGAAUCCACAGAGAAGCCCUUUAACCUUUCAAAACAGAGAGAAAGACAAAGUUCAAGCUCUGACAGCUGUCUCAGCUCUCCAGAACUGGAUCAAAACCAUGAAAGAAAGUCCAGCUCUAUAGAUAGGCAAAGCCGAGUGACGACAGACAACAACAACCAUAUUCGGCUCAAGAGUUUAGAGAAAGACAAGAAUUCAACAUCACCACCACUGCAGGCUCGGAUGCAGCUGUUUGCCUUGUACAACCAAACAGGGGAGAUGAACACUUCUCUGAGGUUCUACUCACUCAGGGUGCCACUGCAAGUACAAAAAGAAGCAGGGCUAAUAACAGAGGUUGACACGCACUGGCUUGACCACAUGACUCAGCAUUUCACCAAUGGCGCACGCCUCAUUGAUGGGUUUUUCCACCUUGAAGACAGUGAUGACAAUGGGGUUUCAUCUGUGGAUAGUGUGUUCAUCUUCCAGAGCUCUGCAGAGGAGACAGCAAGUACCUCCUAUGACGCCAUCGUGGUUGAGCAGUGGACCGUUGUUGAUGGUGUUGUGGUGAAGACAGACUACAUCCCUUUGCUCCAGUCUCUGGCUCCAUAUGGAUGGAGGCUGAUGAGUGUGUUACCCACACCAAUUGUCAAGACCAACAGUGAUGGGAGUUUGUCGACCAAGCAAAUCCUCUUCCUUCAGAGACCAAUUUUGCAGCGCAAGAGAAAAGACUUCAAGAUACUGAACCUCAGGGGUCGCAGCAAGGCAAAGAAGAAAUCUACUGGAGAAGUGCAAGAGGAGAGAGAGAACAGGUCCCCUGUGAUGGAGACAGAGAUGGACACAUUAAGAAGAAACACGAAAGACAAGGAAGAAGAGGCAGAGGGGAGGAAGAGCAGGGACAACGGAAGGACCAAAGGGGCGAGCCUUCAGAAAGGGGAAAAGGAGAGCGAACAGGAUGCGCAGCAUCAAAAGAGCUCCUCGUUCCUAUCAGGGAGCAGGGUGUCUGUCGAAGAGCAGGAAGAGGAAACAGAAGUUGACGAGGUCCCACCGUCCAAGCAGGAGAAGUCAGUGAGAUGGACAGAUAUGUGUCAUAGAUGUGAUGGAGGAGUGCUCAAGGAGGAGGUGAAGACGGAAGAGCGGAUCAAACAGCAGCUGUUUUCUGGCGUCUGUUGACACACUGGGCACAAAGCAGGCAAGAGCUGAGACAAAAAAAGCCUUUUAAAAUAAUGUUGAUCUGAAUUUUGCAGCUCUCUGCAGAGAAUCCAGAUCGGUCAUACUGUUAGUAAUUAUCAUGUACUGUUACUUUUGCUUCAGUCCGCCCUGUUCAGGGCGAUAACACUCGAGUGUUUGGGGUUGUAGCGCCUAUAAAUGGAGUACUGUGCAGUUCUCUGCUUUGGGUCAGUGUUGUUAUUUGAUGUAUCUUUACAUGAAAUGAAAGCUUACACGGCUAUGGAGUACAACCCAGAGCAAGUCUCCAAUCCAAGCCUUAAGUAUUACUUAAGUAUUUUACUGCGCAUUAAUGUAUUUUACUACUUCUUUGUCAUAGGACUGUUAAAAAAGGAGUACUUGCUGUAUUUUUAUAUGUAAAGUAUAUAAUUUAAGAUGGAAACAAGAGGGUAAAAGUCACCAUUAAGUUUGGAGUACGCUCAAUGAGGGCCUACAUCAUUGGUAUUGAUGUAAACAUCGGCUGAUAAUUAAAAAGAAGUUGCAAUACAGAAAAAAAAUGGUAAAUUAGAAACUUUGUCUUCAUUGCAAAUUGUAGCUUCUUCACCCAAGAGUUUAUUUUAAAUUCUAAAAUAGUACAUACAGUAUUUUGGUCACAAAUUCAAACAAGCAAAUGUAAAUUCUGUUGGUAUCUGCCAGGUGGUAUGUUUCUCUGGACCUAAACAGGGUUCCUGUAAAUUACAAAUUGUGCUGACUCUGAGGAGUUUGGAGUUAUCUUUUGCUGAGAUUUCUUCACUUUCAAGACAAUGAUGGAGAAACUUUUUUUUGUGUUUUUUUUUUUGUUUGUUUGUUUGUUUGUGGUGAUCAUCAGAUAAAACAAAACCAGAAACCUUUCUUAUCAACGUGCAAUGGCCUGGAUAUUUGAGACAAUCCACAGAAGUCAUGGACAGCAGGUUUUUUUUAGGGACUAUUUCUUCUGUAUAAAUCAGUUCCUCUUGAAAUUGAUGACAGUGAGGUGUCUCAUUCAGAGUAAAUGUAACUUCAAGAAAAACUGUCCAUUUACCUUUAUUGUAAAUGAAUAAAACCAAAUUGGCUGCUCGGUAGCUGAAUAUUACAAGAGACAAGUGAAUCAUUUUUUUAAUUUGGGAAAAGUGACCUUUCCUUGUGUAGUAAUCAACUGUUUAUUGCUUAUUUCCUGGACCACCCUGUGUUGUGUGUAAGUAACGUGAUAUGUAAGUCUGUAUAUAAAAACGGAGGUCAAUAAAAUGUUUGGAAAAAAACAA